AUGGACGAGAUUACAAAGACUCAAAAGCGUUACAGUCGCAAACAUACAAAGGAAGAGCGCAAAGCGGAAAAACGAAGAUACAAAGAAAGACAGAAGCUACUAAAAAAGGCUACUAAACCUGCAAAAAUAAACCAAGGUGUACAGACAGAAGCAGUCCAAACUUCAACUUUCACCGCCAGAGGUCAUCACAUGGUAAACCUGGCCAAGCAAGCCACUAUUAGAAAAAACGACCAAGUUCCUAGCACUGCUCAAUCUAAUAAUAUUUCGUCAAUAACUCGAAUAAACAGAGACGAUCUCACAACACAAAAACAAGAAGACAUCAUCGGAAGUGGAAGCUACGGGACAUGCUAUAAGGCAUACUACCGAGGAAACAUUCCUGUGGUUAUAAAGGAGUUCAAACCAUUAUUGAGCAAAGCUGAAGUGAUUCGUGAAGCUACUGCAAUACUAAAUAUUCAGAAAAUAGAACACCACCCAUGCCUUCCUCUACUACUUGGUAUUAAUCUGAACAAAAGCCCCCCUCUUUUAGUGACUCAAUUUCAUGGGGCUGAAAACGAUACUUCACAUACUCUCUCUAAAGCCAUACGAAGUAAACUACUUAAGUCAAAUGAACAGUGGCUCGACAUUUUAAUACAGCUCGUAAAAGCUGUAGGAUUUAUCCACACCCGCGGAUGGAUUCACAACGAUCUUAAAGAAAAUAACAUUGUUUUGCACAAAAUAACCGAAAUGGAAUGGAGACCAAUCGUGAUUGAUUUUGGCAAGAGUGUUAAGGUAUUGGAAGCUAAAUGUUGCAAGCCUAAAGAGAAGAAUUACUACUGGAUUGCACCAGAAGUCCUAGAGGGACGCAGUCCACCGUUGCAAUUAAGUGACAUUUUUUCGUUAGGCUUUAUUAUUAAAUUCGUUUUUAGGAAACUUUUCACUCAUAAAUUGGCCGACUUCGUAUUCGAAUCAUGCUUGAUAAAAGCUCCUCAUUUACGUAUGACAAGUGCUCAGAAACUAGCUGCAACACUAAUAAGUUACAAAAAGGCAAGCAAGUAACUUAUUUUAAAAACCGACUAUAGACCGACACUAGAGAAAAACGGUUCCGCAUGCGUGCAUUUUAGCACGUUUUCUAAGAAUUUUGAAGAGUUUGAGUGAGAAAAUAAAUGUUUAGUUUUCUCCAAGUAUACUUGUCAGACCAAGUUACGUUAUUGACAAACACAAUAUGAAAGAAUUACCCUUAAAUUUCAAACAUGGACACUAGAUUUUGGCACUUUGUGAAGUCCAAUUUAUCAGGCACGUUUGAAAGUUAAAUUUACUGUUUUGACUAAUUUGCAUACGGAUUCAGAGCAUAUGCUCGUGUAAUCUUCCGAUCAAAUUACAGAAGUUUACAGUGAUUUACAAAAAUGUAUAAACAGCCUAUUUAUAAAUGUCAGU